GCAUCAUACAAAUUAUGCUGCUACGCGUUUAGUUUAGUAUUACUUUGAACGUGUAAUACUAAACUUUAAUAUAAAGUGAAAACUCUGUUCUAGUACAUUGUGGUUCUACUUCUACAAUGGCUUCCUCUUACGCACCAUUCUCUGCGGUCUUCAGUGGUUUCGCUGCAACCAAACCCAACCCAUCUCCAAAUUCCUCUAUUUUCCUCGUCCCUUCAUUGAGAACAUUAAAUCCGAGAGAAAAAGUUUCCCUUAAAUCUUCGAGUAACCAUGGGUUUCAUUUCAACUCUAGAAAUCUCAGUGUUUAUGCAAGAGCUGCUUCAGAGAAAACUGUCCACGAUUUCACCGUAAAGGAUAUAGAUGGGAAAGAUGUUUCUCUAGACAAAUUCAAAGGAAAACCUCUGUUGAUCGUUAACGUUGCUUCAAGAUGUGGCUUGACGUCAUCAAACUACUCAGAGCUUUCACAACUGUACGAGAAAUACAAGAACCAAGGAUUUGAGAUUCUAGCUUUCCCUUGCAACCAAUUUGGAGGUCAAGAACCGGAAUCAAAUCCAGAUAUCAAGCGAUUCGUGUGUACCCGAUUUAAAGCGGAGUUCCCUAUAUUCGACAAGGUUGAUGUCAAUGGACCAAGCACAGCUCCUAUCUACCAGUUCUUGAAAUCAAAGUCUGGUGGGUUCUUGGGUGAUUUCAUCAAAUGGAACUUUGAGAAAUUCUUGGUUGACAAAAAGGGCAAUGUCGUCGAGAGAUACCCUCCCACCACUUCGCCUUUCCAAAUCGAGAAGGACAUCCAGAAGUUGCUUGCGGCUUAAAUAUACUGUUCACAUGUGUGUAUAGUACAGAGAAGCGUUUGGUGAUUGAUCCAAUAACCGGCAAGUGGUACACAAAUUUCCCGGUUUAUUUUUUUGGUAAACCAGAAAUUCAGAUAAACAUUUUCCUCUUCUUCCCGUUAAUAUACGAUCGAGAAAUCAAAUAAACUUCUUUUAUUAUGUACACACGCCAGUGCCAUUAAUUAGGCUUCUGAAACAUCCGAUUAUUGUGAUAUUUACACACACGCGCACACAACCAUGAUCAUGGAUAAAAUCCGAAAGCAAAUAGCUUAGUUAUAUAAUUACAAGAUUAACGUUGGCGUCGAGAAGAAAAGUCUUUACGUGACUGUGGUAGAAAUCUAUGGCGGAGAUAAACUGGUGGAGAAACCUGUGAGAAUCGACGAGAUACUCGAGGAGGAGGAUCUCGUCUCCGUCGAGCCUUACCAAGAGCCGGCCGUGGCCGUUGACCUUCUUCUUCUUCUUCUUCUUCGGGGAGGACGACGAAGUCUGAGUAUCUGAUUGGUGUAAACCAGAGGAAGGUCUCUGGUUCGACCACCGUCGAUAUCUCUCUGACUCUGAUUUGGUUAAAGGUUCUGUUCCCAAAAAAAUACUCGUUGAGAUCCACCCUCAUGCGGUCAUAUAUCGCCGUUGCUUGUGUGGUGGAUCGGAUUGCCACGUCAUCGACCGUCGUUAUCUCUGUGCUUCCGUUACACGGAAACUCUGUGAUCUCGUGUUGCCCUAACCGGACAUGCCUCACGCUCGACUCCUCCAUCUUCUUCUGAUAUUUCUGACACAGAGAGUACUUUAUAUAUAUACUACAAGGGUUUAUUUCUUUCUUACAUAAUACUGCAUUUACCUUUAUUUGGAAAGACACACUACAAGCCACAAUAGUUUUUUUUUUUUUUUUUUUCUAUUAUAAAUCUUA